GUUUGGGAAUGGCGAACACGGAAACGGAUGGACCACCGUUCGGACUUACGAAAAAUGACGCUGAAUUUCUAAAGAAUUUCCAUUCGCGUCUAAAGGAUCUAAGAUCGAUUAUAAUAAGCAAUAUUGAGUUUUAUCAAAGGGGUAAAUCUAGUGUCCACUCUUGUUAUUACGCUGCUUUUUGUAUACUUCUUGAACGAACCCAAGUGUUAGAACCUCAGGUGAUCCAGAUUGUGCCUCGGUUAAGUAAAUACGAUUUCUCAGAGGAAGUUCAAGCUAAUGGUUACAGGAGUUUCAUAAGUAUUGUAAACAGAUGCUGCUUACAUUUGCUGCAGCUAUGUCGUCACAUCUGCGUGAACAAGACGAGUUUGCUGUUCAGGUCUGCAUUCUACUUAAAGGAGUUAGAGGCAUAUGUGGACGUAUUAGGACAGCUAAUGGCUUUCCUAGGGUAUCUGCAGCAGCUGAUGAGUGUGACCCCGGAUGGGAACCUCUUCCUCACAGAUGAUGGAAUGGUGGGAGAUGACCUGCUUCUGGAGGUGGAGAUGCUCAAUACAGACUGCUUCUAUGGCCGCUGUCUGGGAUUCCAGUACUGUGAGUCAGUGAAGAAGGUGCUGCAGGCAGUGCUGGUAGCCAUGGCAACAUUCAGUGAGUGCUACGAGGAGUCCUCGCAGGUGAUGCAGGUGGCUUCCUCUGUGCUGGGGAGCAGCAAGUACAUGUGGGAUGAGGACCUGAGAGCUAGACAGGUGGUAGACAUCACGCGGACUGCUGAUAUAAAGUUUUGCAAGGCCUUCUGGUCCAUUCCAGAAUCUCCAAUGCUUCAUGGACUGCGUUCGUUCACAUUUCCACAUGUUGACGUGAGUGAGGUGCUACUGUUGCCGGCAGAGGAUUUUGAGUUGCCGUCAGUUGGGCCAGGCUGUGACUUCCCCACAGUGAAGAUCUCCCCCCCAUGUGCCCACACUGGGCCUGGGCCAGUAUCAGUCCGCCUCAUAUCUCAUGUGGUACGAGAGGGAAUGCAAGUGACCCGUCACCGAUUCAGACCACGUACAGGAGGUUCCAAGAUGGCCGUGCUGGGGAAGUCGUCGGGCCUCCUGUUCCACUGUCAUGGGGGAGGCUUUGUGGCCCAGUCCUCACAAGCACACGAGGAUUAUUUGCGUGUGUGGGCUAGGGAGCUAGAGAUGCCCAUCUUAUCAGUGGACUAUUCCUUGGCCCCUGAGCAGCCCUUCCCUAGAGCCCUGGAAGAGACAUUCUAUGCGUAUGCAUGGGCCCUUAAAUAUCCAGAAAAGCUUGGAUGGACUGGAGAGAGGAUAUGUUUUGCUGGAGACAGUGCUGGUGGCAACCUAGUGCUUACCACCGCUCUUAGGGCCGUGUCCUUCCAGAUCAGAGUUCCGGAUGGGAUCAUGGCGGCCUACCCUACCACCAUGGUGCAGUAUGAACCCUCCCCAGCCCGCCUCAUGUCCAUGAUAGACCCACUCCUGCCCGUCGGCAUUCUCACCAGGGUGCUGGCUGCCUAUUCAGGAAUUGCCGACAAGUUUUCCAGUGCAUUGGCUACUCCCAUAUUUUGUAACCCAGCAAAGUAUGAGACAUGGGAGGUUGUUGAAACUGCAGAGGUUGUAGAGGAAUCUUCUAGCCUUCCAACCAAUGAAAUUGCUGAGUGUAAUGGACACUCGCCCAAUGAGAAGUGCUCAUGCAAUCAUGUGGAGUUAACAGCCAAUCAAAACUUGUCAGCUCAAUCUAUGUUCUUCGCUCAGCAGAAUCGAUGCGGAACUGAGGUGAAUGCUAUCAGUGUGAACUCCAGAUGCAGCAGUAUUGACACCAUUACUGAUGAUGAGUUUGUUGUAUAUGAUUUAGAUGGCACGCAGACGUCCAUGAAACUGAAACAAACUGAUGGCAGUAACUGUGAUAAUAAAAUUGAAAGUGCAUUACCCAGGUACUCUAUUCAGUCCUCUAGUACCAAUAUGUCUAUAUUGCCUGACCAAUGUAGUAAAGAUCAUGCACUAAACUGUGCUGAAGCUGUUGGAAAUAAGGUUCUAGAUAUGGCGUCUGGAAAAGACCUGAAUCAGGUCAGUGUUGUAGAAAGUGAAGAUACCAAUAGUUCCAAAGAACAGCAUCCUAAAUUAAAGAAUACAGACCAGCGAUUCUUUGGAAGUUUUGAAGAGAUGAUGGCUACUUUGAACUCCAACAUCACUGUACAAGAGAACUGUGAUGAUAGUGCUACUGCAACGAAGGAUCUGUAUGCAGUGUGUCAGGAGCUAUUGCACGAGGACAGCGGUAGACUUAGUGUUGAUAUGAAAAGUACAAUUUGUAAGUCUAUUGAAGAUAUGGAUGAGCUGGGUGAUCAGGCACCAAUAGAAUCAUUUGUUUGUGAAGAACAGCAAGCAUUUAACACUGAGCCUAAGAAUGAAGAAAUUGAUAUUAGGAACAAAAGAAGGAAGAUCAAUCAAAAGCAGCCCUCAUUGUCAGGCGCAAACUCCAGCUGGAUUCAUGGAGAUACCGAUAUUGAGAGAGGAAGGGAACCUGUGAAUAGUGAUAUUGGUUUAGAAAGAGGUAGUGAAGUUGUGUGUAAUGAUAAGGAUAUAGAAAGAGAAAGCAAAGCAGUGCCUAGUGAUACAGAUAAAGAGAGGAGUCAUGAGUCUGUGCAGAGGGAUCAGAUGGGUGAAGGAGACAACAGUAAACCAAGAACUCACAGUAACAUAGAAACUUAUAUCACAAACACACCUGCUCAUACUGACAUGCUCAAUAGUAAAAAGAGAACAUUGUCCUUGGAUUUGCCUGUAAGUUUUCAUCCUGGACAAAAGUCACAGAUAUCCAAAUCUCCAGACAAGAUGCUAUUGUCAACGUCUGAUUUUUCUCCGAAACUGUCCCCUGGUGCUGGGAAAUGUACUCCAAAGUUGUAUUCAGUCCAACGUAAGAUUGCUCAGAGUCCCAUCCACCUGUUCCGGAAGCUCCCGAUAGUGAAGAAUUACUUUAUGUCUCCCCUGCUGGCCCCUGAUGAGUUCCUGAUGGGACUUCCCGAGGUUCACUUAGCGGCCUGCCACUUUGACCCCCUGCUGGAUGACUCAGUCAUGUUUGCGAGGAAGCUGCAGUCCCUGGGGCGCCCGGUCACUCUCAAGGUGUACGACUAUCUGCCCCACGGCUUCCUCAGCUUUGGCCAUGCUAGCAAGGAGGCCAGCCUAGCGUCCAACGGGUGCCUAGACAUGAUCAAACAAGUGCUGAUCAAACUGGAGCGAUUCUAGAGGAUUUCCUCUAUAUGGAAGAAUAACUCUGCCUAAAACAAUGCAAAUAAUCAAUGCUGACUAAAGAGAAAUGUAUUUAGUUGCUUUAUUUUUAUAAAAACCUAUAUAACAGCCAAAAUUAGAACAAAUUUCAAAUGGUACAUACAGGGAUCCAGAGAAGAUGUGUAUUUGUUUUGAUGCCAUUUAAAAGUUUACACUCUUAAAACUUGAAGAGGGGAUGCUGGUUAACAUUGAAUAUCUUUUCCAAGCAAUAUUGAAAUACUAGGUCAUUAGUCCUCGUUAAUUGGUGUACCUUAAACUCGGCUUGUAAGGGUCAUAGUGGCCUAUUUGUGUUUCCUUUGUAUUCAUUUUGUUUAUUUGAUCUAUCUAAUAAUGUUAUUAUAAUGAUCUGAUGUUAUAUAACUGGUUGUCAAUUUUUAUUGUGUUCAUUCAAUAAUUCAUUUAAUUUUAAUGUGUUUUUUUUUUGUUAAAAAUAUAUACUGGUAUAUCAUGUAUCAAAGGAGAGUAAAUUAGUAAAAAAAAAGAUGUUUGGAAAUAAUGUAUGAUACAGUAUCAUACAUUAUUUCCAAACAUAUUUUUUACUAAUUUACUCUCCUUUGAAAUUUAAAUAGUGUACAACAUUAAAUUUUACACAGUAUUUCCUCAGUAUUUUAUUAUUUAUGAUAACCACCUAGCUAGGUUUUAAUGAUUUCUGUGAUACUGUUAUUCCUUGAAGUAUUUAUCUUUAUUAGAAAACAUUACACAAAACGGUCAGUCAUACCAGUUUUAAUGUUAAUUUUAUUAUAAAUGUAUACAAGUAUAUCAUGUAUCAUACAUAAUAUCAAAAUAUUAUUUUGUUUGUUUACUACCUUUUGAUAUUUUAUUUUAUUUAACAAUGAUGUCAACUGUAAAUUUUGUACAAUUUUUCCAUGGCAUGUUAUUAAUUAUGAUAACUAUAUUGUUAGAUUCUAAUGAUUGCUGUGAUACUGUUUUUCCUUGAAGUUUGUACAUCAUAUAUCUUUAUAAGAAAACAUUAAACAAAACAGUUUGUCA